AUGUCAAUCUUCAAAACCCCCACUUAUAGGCUGAGCUUGGCAAAUAUAAUUGCUCAGGAGGUCGCAAACCCAUUCGUUAGCCCAGUUAUUGAGUAUUUCCCGCAAGAGGCCGACGGGAGGGGCGUCUAUAAACUAUCUCAGUCCAAAAAAUGGCUGGAAGGCUUUGAGCCAACCUCGAGGGCCCCGAUGUGCCGGAACAACGGAAGGGACUGGUUUCUGUUUGAGCCUGUCCAACUAAAUACGGAUGAAAUCGUAGUCCCAGUCUUCCCUUCUGAUGUGGAAUUUGCUUCAGAUAAUUUGGAAACGGUCAAGGUAUCCGAUUUUGAAUAUGACUGUCUUGAAGUCAUUGGGACAAAUGGCCGGUUACUUUCCACACAAUGCCGCAACUCCAUUUUUGGAUUGGGAAAUCAGGUGACCACUUGGCAUCAUCUUCCAAAUCCGUGGCGCAAGAAAGAAAACGGGUGGAACAAGCACAUAUCGUACUAUUUCACUCUUUCUGGCCUCCCACCAACUUGGACGAACCAGAAUUACAAUUGUCACUAUCUUUCCACAUCAAAUGAAGCAGGGGCAAUGGAGUUAGCUGGCCCUAUAGUUUCAGACCUCAAAGCAAUGGCCGCCGAAGGCUACCCUGCCUAUGAUUGUACCAUUAAUGAGGAGGUUCUGGUUGUAUCAACUAUCCUGUCCUUCUUAGGCGACUCACCCAUGCAUGCCGAGAUAACCAGUACACCAAUUCCAGGAAAUUCUUUGCACCCAUGCCGGGCCUGUCCCCUUUCUUCCGUCAGUGUAAAGGCCAAAGCCACUCUGGAUUAUGUGAAAAGGUUUCUGAUGAUAGGGCCAUCAGGCUCAUGGGUCCGUUUGAAUAAACUGUCGUGGCAGAAGAUUAAGACCCGGUGCUACGAAACAUGGGUGAUGGCACAAAAGCCUCGAACUAAGACAAAAGUUGGUGAGCAGGUGACGAAACAUGGUAUUAAAGAUAUAAUAAACACAGAAAUCAUAGACAAGAGGUAUGAAAUCUUGGAAGCCAAGGAGAGCGCGUCUGACUCGGAUAAGGCCUUUCUGGAGAUGUUAAAAAAAAGGAAUCAGGAAGAAAUAGAUGAAUUGUUUAAUCCACUAUUUCAAGUGCCAGGCUUUGAUGGGUGCCAGGACACCCCAGUUGAGGUCCUGCAUGUGUUUUUACUGGGGGUGGUAAAGUACCUGGUGCGGCAUUUCAUGCGCCGCUUGGAUGGAGAUGACAGAUACCUGGUGGCUGCUCGAUAUCGCUCAUUUGACAUUGAUGGACUCAAUGCCGCUCCUUUUGUGCUGUUUGAAUACAUGGAUGACACAGAAAGGGAACUCUGGUCUGCACUGUGCAAGCUGGCCCCAUUAAUUUUUCAAACCAGGAUUGACAAUAUGGCCAUGUUUCAAUUGCAACUAAAUCAUCACAUUCGGCAAUUUUUAUAUCUACUGAUCAAACGAACCGCUCAAUGGGUAAAUAAGCCCAAAGUUCACAUGCUUUUGCAUCUUGCAGAAUCAAUUCUCCGAUUUGGUCCGGCCUGCUUGUUUGCAACUGAAAAAUUUGAAGGCUAUAACAGUGUUUUGCGAAAUGCGUCGGUCCACUCAAACCGGCACAGUCCGGGUCAAGACAUUGGCAACACUUUUGUUGAUUACCACAACCUGCGUCACCUAACGUCUGGCGGGCGAUUCUUUGACAAAAAGCGAAAAGAAUAUUGUGCUGCGGGCCCGUCAGUUUCCGAGGUGUUCAACAAUACAUCAGUUCAACGAUCAAUGGGAUUUAAUCCAAUGAUAAUUGGUGAAUCCAUGGGAGCCUUUCCGCGCGUGAGGCGGUCAAGAGUGCCUCAGGGGGCCAAGGUUCAAGUGCUGCCUGAAUUACAGUCACAUCUAAGAAAUUACUCAAUCACACAAAUUUCCGAGGUAGACUGGUAUAUCAAACAUGUCAUAAGGGGUGGCUCUUUUGUCGUGUUCCGCUCGCCGGGUGAAUCUUCCAACUUGGGGCGGGUGGAUCACCUGUGGAAGGGGACACAAGGUAGCCGGGUUGGGCUUUACUUGUGUGUGACUCGGUUCGAACUUGGCAAAGUGGAUCAGUUCUACCGGAUGCGACAGGUGGCCCAAACACAAGAAAGGUUGUUCAUCAGUGUCAAUCACAAUUGCCACCGGGGCGGGUGCCGGAUCAACGAUACCAUAGAAGCUCGCCUGGAACGGCAGGCAACAGGCCAGUUUGUGGCUGAGGUGGCACAUGCCAAUUCUGAUAACUAUGUGGUCAAUCUGGCGGCUCUAUCCUCUAACACAGCUCACCACAAUUAUUCGGACUUGCCAUUAGAGCCUUUGGAGGGGCACCAACAGCUAUCGGGGCUACACGAAGGCUUGGCUAGAUGGCGGGAUGCAGGAGGGGCAACAGGGCCGCCCGGGCCUAUAUUUGCGAUAGACCCCAUGUUGGGUAUUUGA